GGAAACUGUCAUGUGGACGUGGAAACUGGUGGCGGCCAUAUCCCUGUGUCGUGGGUCCAAGAAUUACAAAACACGGACGCGAGAACUAGAACACGGCGGGGAAGGAAACAGCUUGGCACUGUAUGAGGAUUAAACAUCAAUUUAUUUAGUAUCCAGCACAUAAUAACAGGUUUGCCAAUAUCUGGAUAUGUCCUUCAUAUUUAAUUUAAUAUACGGUGGUUUGACUAAUGUAUUACAGUUUUUAGGACUGUACAAGAAAUCUGGCAAGUUGGUGUUCCUUGGAUUAGACAAUGCUGGCAAGACAACCCUUCUGCACAUGCUCAAAGAUGACCGAAUGGGACAACAUGUGCCUACUUUACACCCAACCUCUGAGGAGCUGAGCAUUGCUGGAAUGACCUUCACAACGUUUGACCUGGGGGGUCAUGCACAAGCUCGUCGUGUUUGGAAAACCUACCUCCCUGCCAUCAAUGCAAUUGUGUUCCUGGUGGACUGCGCAGACUCCUCCAGAUUGGAGGAGUCCAAAGAAGAGCUGGACGCACUUAUGACAGAUGACACCAUUGGAAAUGUGCCUAUCCUAAUCCUUGGAAACAAGAUUGACAGACCGGAAGCCGUCAGUGAAGAGCGACUGCGGGAGCUGUUUGGACUAUAUGGUCAGACCACAGGAAAGGGUAACGUGCCCCUGAAGGAGCUGAACUCGAGGCCGUUGGAGGUGUUCAUGUGCAGUGUGCUGAAGAAGCAGGGAUAUGGAGAGGGCUUCCGCUGGCUGUCACAGUACAUUGAGUAGUCUUGAGCCCCCAUCUCUCCAAAACAUCCACAACCUCAACUCCAUCGGCCGAACAUGUGGACAUAAAAUUUCAUAUUCUUUUUCCUAGAAGAAUGCGUUAUCAACUCUGAUGGAAAGAAGAUCAACAACUUUUGAAAUUUUGUUUCUUUUUCCCCCACCAAGGAAUUUGUAAGCGUGAGAAUCUGUACGUAAGAGGAGGACUCUCGGAACUUCAGUUGCGUUAAAGACCAUCCAAAUGCACUUUUUUAAACCAGAGACUACAUACACACUUGUUAAUCACCUACUUGGAUUUUUUUUUCUUCCUUUUUUAAUAACUUGGUUUCAAUAAAACUUGAACAUGUGACCACACAUAUUUGGUAACUGUGAAAGAUGCCUUAAUCCCUCGACCAUAUCUGCCCUCGACUCAUUGCUCCCCAUUCAAUGCCAUUAAAACAGUGGGUCAAGGUUCAUUGUUCUGUAUGUUCAAACGGGACAUGAAGCUUUUUAAAUACAGACUGGUUUCCAUGCUAACUGUUCAUUUUAAUGAACAUUUGUUAUUCCGUUUGAAACAUGUAUAGCAAAGGAAGAACCCUUACCAGUCAUGAAGGUGGGGAGUUGAAGACAUUUAAAUAAAUGGCGGGAAACGAAAAUAAAGGCCACUUGUAUCGAA